GCCAUUAUCGCACAGCAGACCAAAUCACAGAUGACAGCAGAAGACGACAAGCCCGCUGCCAGCACAGCACGGCAUCAGCACAACUCAUAAAUCACCAUGAAGUUGUGCCAUGGUACGGAGGAGUACCACCGUACCUGUUCCUCUGCUUGCCCAAAAACCGCCAACCGCCAACCGCCAACCGCCAACAAACCAGCCCCUCUCGUAGGAUUUCCUUUCCCAGCGUCCCAGCUCUCACAAUCCCGAUACGCCAAUUGCACUAAACCACGCCCACGGACAGCGAUGCAACGAUCCUCCCAGCGGCCAGCGCCUCCCCCCAGCCCGGUCCCUACCGGCUACCAGCCACCAGGCACCCCAUCGCCGCCAUCCACGUUUUCCGUGCUCGUUAGGGACUUCCUCGCUACCGCCGACCAACGUUGGGUGGGAGGGGUAGACCAAUGGGCGUGGCAGGUUCGCCGGCAAGCGUGCCACCGGCUCAAAGCUUCAAAGAGCCAGGUAUCACAUUUGACAUGUGGUCAUCCGCUUCCAAUUCAACCCCCAAUGACGAAUUGACGACGCUAUAGGCAAAUGGAAUAAGACGGGAACAAAGCGGUAAACCCCAAGCGAAAUGGGCGAUGACAGCUAUGUUUCCCAUCGUGAAACCAAACAGGAACCGCC